AGAAAACGUAGCAGUCGCUGUGCUCUUUUUCUACUCAACUUGUCUUUACCAUGGAAAAGAGGCUCAAGAAAUACUCGACAUCCACCGAUGUUGAACCAGUUCAUCAUCAUGCGCAUAAGGUCACAAAUCCUUUGCAUAAAGCUACUAAUAAGAGAGAGCUGAAUAAUUUGGAAAUCGAAGAAAAACGGAAGAAGCAGAAGAAACACAAUGAGAGAUCUGAGGAGAUGCAGAUGGAGAAAUAUGAGAAGGAAAUAGAAAAAUUGAAGAAAUCUUUGAAAGAGAUGACUGAAACAAUUAAAGAACUACGGCAGAUUAUUCAAACAAGUGCCGUUUUACCUUUACCGUUCAGAAACCGUGAAGAGUGCAAUUACGGAAAUAAAGAUCAUCUGGGGCAAAAUGAUCACACCCUUUUUUGUCAAGGAUUUGAUAUUUCCGUUCCUAGGCAUGAAAUCAAGAGCGCAUUGUGGAAACAUUUCUCUUUAUGUGGAAAGGUCACAAGGGUUUAUGUUCCCAUAGAGUGUGCUACCGGUGUUGCCUUGGGUUUUGCUUUUAUUGAUCUGGCAAAACAUUAUAAAAAGGGGUUAAAACUCAAUGGAAGUUUCUUGGGAGGACGGAAGCUCUGUGUUAUGAUUGGCACAGCUAGAAAGGAAUUAUUUGGCCUUGAUGAGGACUUUGCAGGUUGUAAACGUUGCCCUCGCUAUAAUCCAUACAGAAGAAACUUAACCUACCACCAUGAAAAAUACAGGCAGUGGAUUUCGUCGCUUCCAAUGGUUGGCACUCGCUUUAGCAAAAUUGGUCGUUUUACAGCCAUUAUUGGCAGGCUUCACGGGCACGGCACCGUUUGGAUCAAACUUAGAUGAGACGCGACUGUUGCUGAGAUAGCUGUAAAAGUUGCAUCUUUACACAAUUCUUAUCAUGGUACCAAAAGAAUUGUAGGCGUAGCAACAAGUUUGGUAUUAGAUUAGAUAAUUACAGAAAGAGACGGUGUAUCAAAUUUGGACAUUCGAGUUCAAGCUUAUACCGUCAAUUUUUUGGUUUUGCUGUCAUAUAAAUGAUACUUGGGUAAAGGUAGACAACUAGACAUAGCUUAGUUGCAGAAGACUUGAAAUCCUUGUGUCACAAGA